AUGGCUGCAUUGAAAGCGAAGCCGCUACUGAAGUUCGCAGACGAGUCGGCCCUCCUUGCUCCGGAGGGAGCAGAACUCGUGCGGGAGCUCACAGGACGCAUUUGUCCAGUCAUCUUCGUCGGCGAUGGGCGGGCCGGGAAGUCCUACCUGGCUUCGUGCUUGGUGGGCACAGAGGAUGCCUUCGUCUCCAGCGAUUCUGCGGAGUCUGUGACCGAAGGCAUCGAUGCCGUCGCGGUGCCCGUGGAUGGAGACACCUUGUUGAUCUUGGAUUGCGAAGGUGGCAACAAUGCCAUGGCGGCCAUCCGGAGCCUGGUGAAUGUCUUUGGGCUUCUCCUCGGGAGCCAGGUUGUCUUCGUCGCGAACGGAAUGGCAACCGAGCAGGCUUUGCAGACCUUGGGUGUUUCCCUGGCUGCACGAUCGCUGCUCCGCUUGGACGAAUCGUGCAAGCUGCCAGAGCAGGAGCUGGUGUUCGUUGUGAACAAGAAUACCCUCAGAUAUGAGGGAAGUGCCUUGGAGAAGAUUCUGCAGCAACAGUUCGACGAUCCGGGUCGGCAGGAGCUUCGCGACACAGUCAGGGAGUGCUUCCCGGACAGGAGCUUCUUCACGGUCCCACUUAUGGGAAUGCCGACUUUUGACGAGUCUGUGAGUGCCUUGCGCUCGCAUCUUGUGGCCCGCCGAAAGCCACUGGAAAUGGGUGGUGUUCAUGUGACUGGCAGGCAUCUUGCCGGCGUGAUGGAGCUCGUGGUGGCAGAGGUGCGGAAGUCCCAGCAGGUGAACGUCCCAUCCAUGAACCGGUAUGUGAUCUACGAAGGAUUCCUGGUGCCAUUGACGCAGGACCUGACCGAGUUCGCUCAAUCCCAGCUGCCCGAGCUGUCAGACUACGACCCGCGACUGGAAGAGAGGAGUCCCAUCGAGGGGAGCCUGAAUCGUUUCGACCAGGCAUGCAGCCACUUGACAUGCGAGGCGCUCAAGCGCGAGGCUCGCCAGCUGCUUUCUUCGAAGCUCUGGGACCUGUGGAGCUGGUUGGAGGCCAAGAACGAGGUGCUCGGGAAUGAGAUCCGGGACUCCGUGCAGGAGACACGCGAGAUUGAGAUCAGCAACGCCAAAGCCCUGGUCGGAGGUGCAGGCCUCCUUCGCGAAGUGGUAGUCACCAAACAGCUCUUCCGAGAAGAGGGCCGCGCAGUCCUCCACCGCAAGAAAGGCGGGAAUCCGGAGUGCUUACCAUGGAAGUCCUUGGGUACGACCGUGACACGCACAAAGGAGUUCGCGUUCGAUUCCCUGCCUGCGCUGCCAAAGCUGCGUGGGUCACUGCUCAAAACCAGUCCAAAUCGCCUGCGAGCAAUGCUUCGUCUCCUUGGAGUUGACCAGCAGCCGCGAGUUUGCGUGGUUCAAGAUGGUCAUUUCAUGUGGUUUGAUGACGAAGGAGUGUCGACCAAAGGUCAAGCCAAGGGCUGCAUCAACUUUCUAGUGCACCGAGCGCAGAUACGAAAAGACGUGGCGGCGGAAACGGCUUUCGUGAUCUCUCCAGCAGAGCCACACGGCUGGCGGGAACCGUCGUCUUUCACCGGCGAUGCCCGGCGGUCCUUUUGCUUUGAUGCAUGCGAUGUUGAGACCUGCACUCAGUGGGUGGAGACCAUAGCAGAGCACAUUCGCUUCGGCAACUUGGCUGCCGAACAGAUGGGUGCAGCGCUGGGAUGGCACGUGAAGGUCCAGAAACCGAUGUUGUCCCAGCUCGAUAGCGACAUUCAGGUUUGA